ACAGCAUUAAAGCAGCUCAGGGCGAGAGGAUUUCACCGCCCCCGCCCAGAAAGGGCCGAGGAGCGCUCCUUGCUUGUUCGACCGGAGGACUAAGGGGCUUUAAGGGAGACAGACCACGCUCUCGAAAUGGUGCUGUUUCAGGUUUGAGACGGCAGUUGGGGAGAGCCGCCGGAGCUUUCCCCCUCCUCCUUCCUCUCUCAUUCUACUAAGGAGAGCGGGGUAGCGGGAAAGGACCGUGUAGGCGCUCGAGGGGGAAAGCCCAACAUCGGCCUGGCCGCGGUCCUUGGAAAUCCACUGACAACAGGAAGGAGGCUUAUUAACCCCACUGCUCCCCCUCCCUUUUCCCGGGGUGAGAACGGCUCCUCCUCCUCCUCGCGGUCGUGCGACCCCGGGGUAAGAUGCAAGCGGCCGCCGGCUCUCCGCACCCCGCGCGCGGCUCCCAGCGGAGGAAGAGGCAGGCGGGGAGGGCGCCGCCCCAAGCCGAGCGGGCCGAGUGCGUCUGUCCGGAGUGAACCUCCCGAGCGAGACGGCCGGGCACCGACAGGCGCCCCGUUUCCCCGCCUCGCUGCCGGGCUGGCACUGGGCACCCCGGCCUCUAGCCCGAUCCCCCAGCCCCCCGGAGCCCAGGGCCGCUGCGCGCAGGUGGCGCAAAAGCCCCCGCCCUCGGGCGCCCCCCGCCGGGGAGAGGGGAGGCGGCGGCAGGCGCCGCGGAGCCGGGCGCAGGGCGGGGAGAGGGCUGCGGCGCCGGGAAGAAGCCGGGAGCGUCCCUCAUGGUGCCGCCGCCUCCGAGCCGGGGAGGAGCGGCGAGGGGGCAGCUGGGCAAGAGCUUGGGUCCGCUGCUGCUGCUCCUGGCGCUGGGACACACGUGGAGCUACCGAGAGGAGCCCGAGGACGGCGACAGAGAAAUCUGCUCGGAAAAUAAAAUCGCCACGACCAAAUACCCGUGUCUGAAGCCUUCGGGCGAGCUCACCACGUGCUUCAGGAAGAAGUGCUGCAAAGGAUAUAAAUUUGUCCUCGGACAAUGCAUCCCAGAAGAUUAUGAUGUGUGUGCUGAGGCUCCCUGUGAACAGCAGUGCACAGAUAACUUCGGCCGAGUGCUGUGUACAUGUUACCCAGGAUACCGAUAUGACCGGGAGAGGCACCGGAGGCGGGAGAAGCCGUACUGCCUGGAUAUCGACGAGUGUGCCACCAGCAACGAGACGCUGUGUGCGCACAUCUGCGUCAACACCCUGGGCAGCUACCGCUGUGCGUGCCGGGAGGGCUACAUCCAGGAGGACGACGGGAGGACGUGCACCAAGGGGGACAAGUACCCCAGCGACACUGGGCACGACGAGAAGGCAGAGAAUGUGGUGAGAGCUGCCACCUGCUGCGCCACGUGCAAGGAGUUUCACCAGAUGAAGCAGACGGUGCUGCAGCUGAAACAGAAGAUUGCCCUGCUUCCCAACAGCGCUGCCGACCUGGACAAGUACGUCACUGGUGACAAGGUGCUGGCCUCAAACGCCUACGUUCCAGGACCUCCUGGCCUGCCUGGGGGCCAGGGCCCUCCCGGCUCACCAGGACCAAAGGGGAGCCCAGGCUUCCCAGGUAUUCCAGGCCCCCCAGGGCAGCCUGGCCCGCGGGGCUCGAUGGGACCCAUGGGACCAUCUCCUGAUCUGUCCCACAUUAAGCAAGGCCGGAGGGGCCCUGUGGGUCCACCAGGUGCCCCAGGAAGAGAUGGUUCUAAGGGAGAAAGAGGAGCACCUGGCCCCAGAGGGUCUCCAGGACCCCCUGGUUCUUUCGACUUCCUGCUGCUCAUGCUGGCAGACAUCCGCAACGACAUCACCGAGCUGCAGGAAAAGGUGUUCGGGCACCGGACUCACUCUUCAGCAGAGGAGUUCCCGUUACCUCAGGAAUUUUCCACCUCUCCAGACACCAUGGACUUCAGCUCUGGAGAUGACUACCCAAGAAGAAUUGAGACAAGAGACUUGGGAGGCCACAGAGUCUUCCAUCCUUAGCACCCCCCAACAUCUUCAUGCCAAAGAAAGAGAAGAGUGUUUUCACCUGCAGUGAAAUCAUCCAAAGAACAAAACAAAGCAAAACACCACUGGAGACCUAGAAAAGAUACGUUCUUUUUUUUCUUUUAAAAAAAACAAAACAAAACAAAAAACAAACAGAAGACAAAAACCUCUUUUCCUUUCUUCUCCCUACUUCUCUUCUCCCAAACACUGUUUUCAGAAUCCCCUGCUAGCCAUACUGAAGACACGAGGGAGGAAAUGAUUGAUUUACCUGCUUCCCCUGGAGAAUCUGUGGUGGAACUUUUCUUUGACCUCCUUAUUUUCCAGGGCCUCCUGAUUUCUGAAUUGGGUAUUCUUACAGUGUCUUAAAAUUUGGCAGACUAUCAGAAAGGGGAAAUGGCAAGGUGAGUUCUAAGAAAAUGUGAAUUUACUUGUUAAAAAUAAUAGAUAUGUGUCCAAAAUAGACUCUUACUCCUCAGGAUCAAAAUUAAAUCAAAUUAAAUUCAGUAAAUCAAAUUAACUCAAAAAUUACAUCAAAAUUUUCAGUGAAAAGGGGAAGACAACAAUGUAUAUUUACCUUGGUGGAUGAUUCCUUUUCCUUGUCAGUCUAACAGGUUUAAAAUAUUCUCUCCUCUUACCCAGCCUCAUUUCCCAAUUUUGAUUAAAGAAAGGAGAGAAGGAGUGGAGAUUAGAAAAGAUGGAGGAAAAUUACAGUCCCAUGUUGACUGUUCUAUAAGUUGCCACAUAUUAACACGCAGAUGUGACUAUUAAGGGUUCAUGCCAUGCUUAUCUAUAACUAUCCUAUUCGAAGAAGAAAAUUACUCUAACUGUAGGAAUAAAUCCUGUUUUCAAGACAAAAAGUUAGUGAAUGCAGUGCCCUGGUUCUCAUUAGAACAAUGGGUGCCUGGUUGCCAGGACGUGUUAGAGCUAUUUAAUCAAAUGAGCGGGCUUGCUUAGUAAACCACAGAUUACUUGUUAAAUCAAGGUAACUGGCCCUUAGGGAGAGGUACCAAACUCCCUGGCUGUGACUGGUGCCCGCCAGGUGCCAUUAGGCUGUGAUCCAAGUUGAAUCGAUGUACAGUGGAGCUCAGGGCUGGAAGGAGGCUGCCGGCUUGGGUUGUUGGCAGUGGGGCAGGAGAACCUUGGGCAGAGGCCCUGCUGCAUCCCAGCAGCUGGUAAAUUUGCUGUCCAUGGGAAUUAGAAGUCCUUGUCAGGGGCCAACCAAGCUUGCCAGCAUAUUGAGACUAACACAAAAUUGAAAGAUGUCUUGCACAGGGAGGGAAAAAACAACAGUUUUCCUCAUUGGCCAGAAAUUUCCUUCCCACCCUUCCCAUCUUUCCUUAAUUUUCCAUAAUUUAGUUCAAGUUCCAGUUCUUGGAGGUCUUCUUGAUUUCCCUUCUCGGCAAACACAGGAAGCACUUGGAAAAGUAUAUUCCCAAACCUCCUGGAGUCAGUGCUGGCUCUUACACCUCUGGGUCCCAGUAGGACUCACAUUCUGGAAAAGGCUCUCUCUGGAACCACAGGAGCAAGAGUGCUCAAGGAACUGGCAGGAACGUCUGCCCCUUCAUAAUAUUGUUGGGGAACCUCUUGGUUUUCACGGGCAGCUUACAGGCUCCUUUAAGUCCACUUUGUUGUUUGAUACCCAGAAUGACGUUUCAUCGACCUGUUUAGAACUUUGCCCUUAUAUUGAGUUUCACAAGGAACCACUGUUGCAACUUCUCUUUGCUCAUGUCCCAUUGCCCACUCUGCAAUGUCCCCAUGAAUUUCUGGGCGGUUUGUGUUUCAUUUUCUUUUUCCUACAUCAUUUCACUCUCCUGGGAAAGCUUGUUUAAAGAGAACCACAGUGGGUGUGUAUAUGCCGCUUCCCAGUCUUUCUUCAGAACGAUAGGAAGGCUUGUGUUUGCAAAUAUCAAGUGACACCAGCCUUCCUUCUCUCAUCAUCAUCCUGUUAGGAACAUAGGGCUCCAGUCAGCCGGCCAGUGGCGGAGUUUUUCACCAACACUUGACUCCGCUAUUUCUUACUCGCACAAAAUCCGCAGAGACUGUCCACCCAAAUGUUGCAGCCGAAAGCAAACACAUCCUCAGUGCUCCUUUUCUAGGAUCUUUCCUGCCCCCUUCAGUCUCUCCGGAAUCUAAUCUUCACAGCCGAAGCCCUCGCCAGCCACGGGUUCACAGAGAUGAACUGAGCAGAUGUUGAUUCCCAUCUGGAAUAUAUUUAAUGUUUGCUUGCUUGUGGAAUGCAGUAUUUAAAGUGUAUGGAUGGAUGAAUGCUAAAAAAAAAAUCCUGCACAGGCUCUAUGAGAAAUGAUGAGGUUCAUCUUUGAUUUUUUUUAAUGAGGAAUUUUAUUGCCUUUUUAACAGGGAACUGUAUGUAGAAAUAUAAUUUUCUUCUCUAUUCUUGAGCACUCAUAAAAUACAACUAAACUGCAUGUUUAGCCAGAGGCUAGGAUAAUAUAGUAACAGAAUGAAUGGAAGGUGGUAAUAUCUGGGAUUUGUGAGACGAUUCUGGGUAAUAUUUUCUAGCAAAACACACAAUAACCUGUAUUUUAUCUCAAUCUGCUGGAUCAGGUCAACUUAUAAAAUAAUUCUCUAUCCUCAGAUUUUCAAAACUUGGACUACUACCAUAGGACUAAAUAUGUAUUCUGUAUGCCCAAAUUAUAUUUUUCAAAGAUAAGACAUCAUAAGUCACUGUUAUUCCUAACAUAUCUUUUAGGUAUGGAAGGAAAACCAAAGCUUCACUGUCUAAACAGCACUUCUGCUUAGAACCUAAUAGAAAAAGCUUUUGAGGGGAAGGGUGCCUAAAAUUUGCUAGUUGUGGUAACCCACUUCAUGUGUCAUGAGGAAGGAAGGUCUUUGUACACUCCUCGAUUCUGUCCCAGAAAUGUUGACGUCAAUUUUUUGCACCCUGAUAACUAGACCUUAAAAUAGGGCUUCAUAGAUUGCUUCUGUUUCGGAAAGCAAUGGACAUAAAGCUCUCCUGUUCAAAAUAGUGCAAGGAGGGGAUACAUUUUAGUUUAAGAAACUCCUCCUCCCUUUCCAAUUCCGGAGGGAGAAAUUAUAAGCUUCAUGAUGCCAAAGCCUAUGGGAAUACAAAGGGAAUGCUGUCUUGUCUCUCCUUCUGUACUAAUUCUAAUACCUGCCACAGGAUGCAUUGGCCAACUAAAGUCAUUUCUCCCGUAUAAACUCAGACAGAUGUGUUCAUAGCCAAACAGGUAAAUAACAAAUGCACAUUGGCAUGCAGGGGGUGGGGGGGGUGUUAAGUACCAGGUGAAGGGCCCCCUGGUUCCCGCCAUGCUCCCUUUCCAGGGUUCAUGCUACUGUUGGCCUCGUGAGGCCUGUUUCCAGCCAUGCAGGGGAGGAUGCUCUUCAUGACUAGGCGCCAGGCAUCUCCUUGGGUUGACAUAUGACAGCAAAUCCCUCUUCAUACUUUGUGUGUCCCUCCCCUCCCUCUCCUCCCCUCCAGCCUGUCCCAGAGCAGCUUCACUGUGUAACCUUAACAUCUUUCAGAUAACCUUUCCUGAAAAGGGAAUUUAUUUGCAGGAAUCCAGGCCAAACAACUAGUAGAGCAGAGCCAUCUCAAGUUAUUAAUAAUGAGUUCAGGGAAAUAGAUGACAUUUUUCCUGGCACAGUCAGCAUGUAUAUUUCACAACAAAUCAAAAAAUAAUUUUCCAUUUGAGAAAAAAAAAAAACAAACAUGACCGUAAUUGUUAAAACAUAAAAACCUUGGACUUCACAUGCUCCUGCAACAAAUAUUAUUGCUUUAGGGAUAACAUAGAAAAAAGACCCUUUUACACAUCCCCCAGGGACCUCAGUGCUCUUUAUAAGGUCCCCAAAGCAAGUACCCUGGGGAAUUCCAUGUAUGUCCUGAUGAUUUUUAUUUCCAGUGAACGGUCAUAUACUUCAGUAGCUAUGUUCAUUAUUUAUAACAGGUCCAUAUAGCAGUUGAGCUAGUAUUCAGUUAUGGAUGUGAUACUAUGAAAUACUUUUGAUAAGAUUAUAUAUGCUUAAUAACAAAGUUAUUUUUCUUA